ACUUUGACCCUUUUUCCACCCCUCCCUUUCUUCGGCAUACCUGCAUCCUCCCUUCGGCCAUCCCUUCUUCCCCCAUUGUGGCUGUCGCAUUCCGUUUCUCGCGACAUGGCCCACAAUGAGGUCCUACAGCGAACUACCCCAGGAUCCUGAGCUUCGGGAUUCCUCUCCCCACAAUCCUCCGCCACCCGCCCGCCAUGCCGUCUUCCGCCUCUACUGGCUCACGGCUAUCGUCUGCUGCGGCGGCCUUCUUUUCGGCUAUGACUCGGGAGUGAUCGGCGGAGUCCUCACCUUCGACUCCUUCCACCGUUCCUUCCAGUAUACCACCGCCGAUGAGACCCGAGUUAGCUCCAUCGCAGUGGGUAUCCAGCAAGCCUCUGCGCUGCUGGGCAGCCUGCUCAUCUGGCCUCUGACAAACCGCCAUGGCCGCCGCCCAGCUAUGGCCCUCUGCUCCCUCAUCUUCUGCACCGGGGUGCUCUUCGAAGUGCUGGACACUCACUCUUUAACCGUCUUCUACGUAGGCCGCGUCAUCUGCGGCCUGGGGAUCGGCGGCUCCGCAACCGUCAUCCCCAUCUAUCUCUCGGAAAUGAGUCCCACAGACCAGCGCGCCCGCCUAGGGAGCUGCUACCAGUUCACCUUCACGAUCGGUAUCUUCGUCUCCUACUGGAUCGACUACGGCAUGCAAUUUGCUCCUGCCAAUGCCCUGCAAUGGCAGAUCCCGCUUGCCAUACAGCUCAUUCCAGGUGCGCUCAUGGGCUUGGGGAUGCUCACUCUCCGCGAAAGCGUUCGCUGGCUCCUCUCGCACGACCAUGACCAGAACGAGUCCAGAGCCUGGGACAGCCUGACCUGGAUCCGCUCAUCGAGCGGACCGGAGGUGCGCUCCGAAUUCCAGAAAAUGAAAUCCAGCAUCGAAAGCGACGCGCACGCAACCGCCGACUUCUCCCCGAAGGAACUCCUCACCCGGUCCAACAGCCACCGACUCGCUCUCGGCAUCUCCCUCUUCAUCUGCCAGCAAUCCACCGGGGCCACCGCAAUGGCCUACUUCGGCCCACAGUUCUUCUCCCUUCUGGUCGGCAACGACGCCCAACUCACCCUCCUCCUAACAGGCAUUUUCGGCGCACUGAAAGUAAUCAGCUGCCUAACCUUCAUUAUUUGGGUCGCGGACCGAUUCGGCCGACGCCCGCUGCUCAUCCUCGGAGCCCUCGCCAUGUCCAUCUGCAUGAUCACCACCUCCGCGGUCGUGAAAUCCACCCAAGUCCCCACGCCCCACCCAUCCACCUCCACCUCCUCCACCCCCAUCUCCCACAGCGGCAUCACCACCGUCUCCCUCAUCUACCUCGCCAUAAUCUGCUACAACCUCUCCUGGGGCCCCCUCCCCUGGCCUUGCACCGCCGAACUCUUCAACGCCCGAAUCCGCGAACCCGGCGUCGCCAUCGGCGUCUCCGCCCAAUGGCUCUCCAACUUCAUCUGGUCCUUCUCGACCCCAUACGUCCUCGCCGGCGCAGGCUGGGCCACCUUCUUAAUCUUCGGCAUCCUUGACGCCACCUUCGCCAUCUUCGUCUGGCUAUUCCUCCCAGAGACACGAGGCCGAUCCCUCGAAGAAAUCGACGCCUUAUUCGGUGACGACAACGAUAAAUCCCAUCCUACCUCAACCAACUACUACCAUGAUGACACGCUCUCUUCUUCCCCGCUGGUCGGCGAACAGGAACAAGAACAGGAACAGAAUGAAGAGGAUCCAUAUCAGGGUAAACCGACCGAGGAGCGAGAGGACGUUUAGUUAUAUAAACUCCGAGACUCACUCUCUAUCUGGGUCAUUUCUUGUUCCUUCCUCCCUUCCUUCUGUUCUCCGCCUUCUUUUACUCUGGGCUAUACAUGCAAGAGGAUAUAUAUAGAGGCAACCUAUUGGAUAGAAGCGAAUCUGGGAACAAAUUAUAUUAAUCUACUUAUCAUGUAAAUGGGUGCUUUAUAGACUAGACCAGUUGGUUGGGCAGGCUGGACGGGAAUGAUAGCUGCAGCUAAGUUCCUAGACUAGACUAGCUCCAAUAUAAGUAGCAGUAUUAGAUCGAAAGAACUACUACGCAUACCUUUACCAUGGAAACGAGGUGUAAAGCGGAGACUAGAGCGAUCGAUCUGCAGGACAGCUGGAUCUGUUCCUGUAAACGGACCAUUGCCCCUACGGCCAGUUAUGUGCGAGAACUAUCCCAA